AUGGACCGAGAAAUGAUAUUGGCUGAUUUCCAGGCAUGUACUGGUAUUGAAAAUAUUGAUGAAGCUAUAACAUUGCUUGAACAAAAUAACUGGGAUUUAGUGGCAGCUAUAAAUGGUGUAAUACCACAAGAAAAUGGCAUUCUACAAAGUGAGUAUGGUGGAGAGACUUUACAUGGACCAGCUUAUGGCCCUGCAGGUCAUUCUACAGCAGCUUCUUCAACUCCUUCCUCAUCCUCAGCAUUUCGCCAUGUAGUGCCAUCUAGACAAAUAGUGGAAAGACAACCUCGAAUGCUUGACUUCAGGGUUGAGUACAGAGACAGAAAUGUGGAUGUAGUACUUGAAGACAGCUCCACAGUUGGAGAUAUCAAACAUAUUCUAGAAAAUGAACUUCAGAUCCCUGCAUCUAAAAUGCUGUUAAAAGGGUGGAAGACUGGAGAUGUAGAUGAUAGUACUGUUUUAAAAACUCUACACUUGCCAAAAAAUAAUAGUCUUUAUGUUCUAACACCUGACCUGCCUCCUCCUUCUUCAAGUCAUUCUGGGGCCCUGCAGGAGUCAUUAAAUCAAAACUUCAUGCUGAUCGUCACCCAUCGAGAAGUCCAGCGGGAGUACAACCUCAACUUCUCAGGAAGCAGUACCAUUCAGGAGGUAAAGCGGAAUGUGUAUGACCUAACUAGUAUCCCUGUCCGUCACCAGUUAUGGGAAGGCUGGCCUCCUUCUGCCACAGAUGACUCA